GCCUUUCCCCCAACCCGAACAUUAAAAAUAGGAGAGAAGGAGCAUCGAAAUCGCUCUCUUCAUCUCCGCCCUCGACCCAACCUGUCUCUCUCUCUCUCUCUCUCUCUCUCUCUCCAACAACUCUCAUGUCUUUCAAGCCUGCUUAGGAAACACAUCAAGAUCCUUAGAAGAGCAUUUUGUCCUUGGCUUUCAGGAGAUCUCUCCCUGAUCUAUCCCAAGAUGAAGGAGAAAGUGGAGAGCUGCCACUCACACCCUUGAGUAGGGCAAGGAUGUGCUCAAGGAGAGCUGUUUACAAGGUUUCUUUUGAAAAUGGCAAGAGGUACCAGGGCCUGCCGUAGGUUUGCUUUCCGUCAGCACAGGUCAACACCAUACCCAUUACCAUCUCGGAGUCAAGAGUGUCCAGAGAAAGAAGCAAGCAAGAAGAAAUCACCCAAAGCUGUGGAGAACAAAGAUUGGGAAGAUGCAAUGUGUUCGGUGUGCAUGGAAUUCCCUCACAAUGCCGUCCUCCUUCUCUGUUCUUCUUAUGACAAGGGCUGCCGUCCAUACAUGUGUGACACCAGUUUUCGCCAUUCCAAUUGUCUCAAUCAGUUCAAGAAGGCAUACACAAAAGACAUGUCACCCCGCCACGGGCAAGGCCCAGUUCAAGACAGCCUGUGGAAUGGAUCUGCAGACCACCACCCAACCUUCAGCUCAAAUGAGAAGCAGGGAGUAAUGGAGCUCGCAUGCCCCUUGUGCCGAGGGCAGGUUAAAGGGUGGACGGUGGUUGAAGCUGCACGUGAGUAUCUCAAUGCCAAGAAGAGAAGCUGCAUGCAGGAUGACUGCUCAUUUGUUGGGACAUACAAGGAGCUCAGGAAGCAUAUGAGGGUGGAGCACCCAUCCGCACAGCCACGGGAGGUGGACCCCAUGCUCGAACAGAAGUGGAAAAGGCUUGAAAGGGAGCGGGAGCGGGAGGACGUGAUCAGCACAAUACGGUCGUCGAUGCCUGGGGCAAUGGUCUUGGGGGAUUAUGUGAUUGAGAGUGGGCAUCAUCGUCAUGGGUUUGAUACAGAUGAUGAGGAUGAGGAAAUUGAUGAGGAUGGGAAUUAUGGAGCAGGCAUCGAAGAACCCAAUUGGCUUAACGUCCUCUUUCUCUUACAAGCAUUUGGGCAGUCUGGGAAUGUGAAUCUCACUUCCCGUCUGAGGAGGCUUCAUCAGAGAGGUUUCCGCAUGUCGGAGGGCAGUAGCAGUGGCAACGCUCCUCCCUUUGCUGCUGCCAGGACAGCUGUUUCUAUCUCAUCCGACGGAGAAGAUGAUUCUUCAACUAUCCGAGGGAGAGGAGUGAGUGUGGGGAGGUCGGAGAGGAGGCGGCGGCGGCAGCGUAGAGGCCAGCGAGAUCGGUGAUGGAUGCAGGGGCCUAAAGAAAAGGUGGGGCCGUAUUGCAGGGAGGUUGGUCCUUUAUAAAUUGCAUUGACUACUGUCUUUUAUAUAAUAUCCAUGAAUAUGGCCCCAUUUUUUAUUGUUGAUUCAGAAGUGGAGAUGUGACGAAUGGUGAAUAUAGUUCCCUUUUUAAUUUUAAUUUUUUUUCCUUUUCUUUUUUCCCUUGAAGAAUCUCAUGGAUGCUGAAGGAUUCGGUGAUCGGGUGGUGAUCAUAUUCAUUGGGUAUGCCUUGUGCUCAUGCAAACAUUGGAUCUCAGUUCUUAGUGUUUGAAAUAUUUGUCAUUUUAAUUGUGGAUUAUUGAAUGAUUCUGUUUCUUCUUA